AUCGGAUCGGUUAUCAUUUCUUCAUUCAUUUGCAACAUGGCUUCACAUGAAAUGAAUUCCACUGGUUCUAGCAACGUAAGCAGACGAAAAUUAGUCGCCAAAUCAAACGAUAAUUGUCACAAAGAGACUGACAAAUUGGAGGAAAAGGACGGAAGCGUGAAAAGCUACAUGGAUGCUCAAACAGCAGCUUUCGCACUGUCACUAAUCAUAAUUGUGGGUUCUAUCUUUCGAGAAAAUGAAUUGGUUCCCGAAUCAUUCUUCGCGGACAAGCACAAUCCUUUAAAUCAAAAGUUUGUGAAGUGGUCUUGGGGAUGGACACUUUGUUUUAUGACACCAUUCAUGUUGUUGUUAUCUUGGGCAAGACAUCCAGGACAAUUUCUUCCAGCUUUCCGAGCCAUUCUCCGUCUUGUGGUGCUCACUGGAGCCUGGUAUUUCUGGGUAGAAAUCGUGAUGGAUACGGUGCAUGAACACACUGGGAAAUGCAGCAUCGAGGCGCAUUCCAGCGGAGGCUCCCGAGCUUGUCGGCGGGGCGGUGGGCGGUGGGACGGCUAUGACAUCUCUGGUCACGCGUUCCUGUUAGUGCUCAUCAUCCUCACAACUCUGGAAGAACUUGCGCCAUUUUGGCAGCUUUAUGAAUCAUCCGGAGUGAACAUUUCCUUUCAAAGCAGUGCCAGUGGACAAGGGAAGAAGAAAAUUCCUGUAUUCAGCUUCCUGCUAGAAAUUCUUCUUUAUGUUCUUGUAAUAAUAAUUUCUCUGAUGCAAUCAUUGAGUGUUUUUAUGGUUAUAGCGACCAGUUUGUAUUUUCAUACAAUAAGUCAUAAAAUUCUUGGAACAGCCUUAGCUAUCAUUACUUGGUAUAGCACAUAUAGAUUGUGGUUUAAAUCAAAUAGAUCUUUUAGUUUACCACUGUUCUAGACAAUAUUGUUUGACCAUAAAAAAGUAUGCAGAGUUCGAGGUGAGGUGUAACGAGUGACAAAGAAAUGACUUUUAAAAUAAAGCAAUCUUUUAACCAAGGUGAUGAAUAUCUCUUUUCUUAUGGAAAAUUCAAUUUCGUUUUUGAUUUCUUGAGCACCUGUUAAUGUUUCUUUUUUUAAAUGUCAAGACUCGAGUUGAAUGUGGGGCAUCAUGCUUGAAGAUAUGCCAGAAAAACAUCAGCUUCAUAGAUACGAAGUAACCCUUUUUUUGGUCAGAAAAUUGCCAUCUUGGAAAAUUGCGGGUCCUUGUUCUACUUGUGUACUGAAGGACCAAGAAGAUGGAUCUAUAGACCCUAGUCAAUUAUA